AGCAUGAACGCAAAUCCUCUUCUCUUUUUGUAACUGACCAAGUCAAGCUAUUACCUUUACACAUUUAUUUUCUCUCGUCUAAUCAUUGUCAUCCUCACUACAGCUAGCCGAGACAUUUAUGGUCUAAAGGGCUUGGAGGUGGAGGAACGACGGGAUUGAAACGGGUCUGGUAUUUGGAGUUAUUGUUGGGCGAUUGGAGAGAAAAAAACGAAGAGGAAUUUUCUGCACUUUGAGGGGCUGUUCUGCAACGUCUUUGGAGGAGCUAAAAAUUUGGUUUGGGACUUGGGUAUUCUUCGAAUCAACAGGUGCUCGAAGAAAUUCCUUAUAAACAAAACUCAUGGGCAAGAAAGGAGGGGCAAGAAAAUUGCCUAAUUUAGAAUCUGGUUCUCGCACCACAAUAUCAUUGAGGGAAGAAGCUACUGGAAAAAUACUAACCAAGCCAGCCUCUAACAUCAAGUCAAUUUUGAGAUUUGAGCACAUGAAAAAGCUAGCAGUAUGGGCCACUAAUGACCCUCUGAUACCGUCUUUGGGUGCCUUCUAUGGCCAGCAUUUUGCCACCCUUGGAGAGGCCACAGGAAUACCGCCUGAUCCUUCUUUAAUGACUUGUCAAAGAUGUGAAACUGUUCUUCAUCCCGGCUUUAAUUCAACUGUACGAAUUGAGAAGAAUAGAUCAAAGGUGAGGCAUAGGCACAGGAAGUCUGGUAACGUCACUCAAAAUAAUGUAGUUUACAAGUGCCAUUUUUGUUUCCAUCAGAAUCUGAAGAGAGGGACCCCUAAAGGACAUAUAAAAAGAAUAUGCCCAUCAAGAGAUACAUCAUCGUUAGAAUCAACACCUCCUACAAAACCCAUCACACAUGGGUCUUCAAAAUUAGAGAAAAGCAUUAUAAGCAAAGAUGAAGCUAAUGAAAUAGAUAUGUUUACUUCACGAGCUUUAGCUAAGGACGUUGCUCUUAUAGACAGUCUGGCAACUCCACCAAGUACUAGUACAACAACCUUGUUAGAAGGAAAGAAGAGAAGGAGAAAUAGUUUGACAUCUAAGAAAGCAAUUGAAAUGUCAGGCAUGUCUGCAAAAGUAGAAGUAGCAAAAUCUCUGAGCACAGCAAGCAAAAGAAGAAAAUCGUGGACUAGUUUAAAGGAAAUUGCUCAGAGCAACCAGCAUGAGAACAGUCAGGUUGUUAAUUUGACAAUCCCAUUUUUUUUAUAAGCAGCUAUAUUUUUUUUAUAUAGGUCAAAUUCAAUUGUAUUUCAU